AUGGAUUUCUUUUUCUGUUUACCGAUAUUCUUUGGCUGCCCGACCAAGAUUCAUCAGGACGGCGAUCCUACACCUCGCGUUUGCCCGCGCUGCCAUAAUGCGUCUGUGUUCCAAGCCAAGUCGCGUACUUGGUUCGAGCUUUGUUUCGUGCCCCUAGUUCCGAUGAAGAAGAAACAACUUUGGAUGUGCGGGAUAUGCCAAUGGAAUGUCCCAAUGCAGCAGGGUUGGGAGCCUAUGAUAGCAAACCGAGGGAACCACCAUCAAAGCGGAUAUAUGCAGCAAGGCGGCUACCAGCCGUCGUACCAACAUGGUCCCAAGGCCUAG